AACGCCGAGCGCCCAGCUCCGCCGCAGAGGCCCGGCCCCGCUGCCCAAGCAGGCCGCGCGCCGCGGGGCCGAGGCCGGAGCCAUGGGGGAGACCAAGAUCAUCUACCACCUGGACGGGCAGGAGACGCCGUACCUGGUGAAGCUGCCCCUGCCCGCCGAGCGCGUCACCUUGGCGGACUUUAAGGGCGUUCUGCAGCGGCCCAGCUAUAAGUUCUUCUUCAAGUCUAUGGACGACGAUUUUGGGGUGGUGAAGGAAGAAAUCUCGGACGACAACGCCAAGCUUCCCUGCUUCAAUGGCCGGGUGGUCUCCUGGCUGGUAUCUGCUGAGGGCUCGCACCCGGAGCCAGCCCCCUUCUGUGCUGACAACCCGUCAGAGCUACCACCUUCAAUGGAGCGCACAGGAGGCAUUGGGGACUCUCGACCCCCAUCUUUUCACCCUCACGCUAGUGGAGGCAGUCAGGAGAAUCUGGACAAUGACACAGAGACGGACUCCUUGGUGUCCGCCCAGCGCGAGCGGCCCCGACGGAGGGACGGACCCGAGCAUGCAGCCCGGCUCAAUGGAACUGCGAAGGGGGAGCGGCGGCGGGAGCCGGGUGGCUAUGACAGUUCAUCUACGCUUAUGAGCAGCGAGCUGGAGACUACCAGCUUCUUUGACUCAGAUGAGGAUGACUCCACCAGCAGGUUCAGCAGUUCCACAGAACAGAGCAGCGCUUCGCGCCUAAUGAGAAGACACAAGCGGCGGCGACGGAAGCAGAAGGUCUCCCGGAUUGAGCGGUCCUCAUCCUUCAGCAGCAUCACAGACUCCACUAUGUCUCUCAAUAUCAUCACAGUUACUCUCAACAUGGAAAAGUAUAACUUCCUGGGCAUCUCCAUCGUGGGCCAAAGCAACGAACGAGGUGAUGGAGGCAUCUACAUUGGCUCCAUCAUGAAGGGGGGCGCCGUGGCGGCUGACGGACGCAUCGAGCCAGGGGAUAUGCUUUUACAGGUAAAUGAGAUCAACUUUGAGAAUAUGAGUAACGAUGACGCAGUCCGAGUGCUUCGGGAGAUUGUACACAAACCAGGGCCUAUCACUCUGACUGUAGCCAAGUGCUGGGACCCAAGUCCACGUGGCUGCUUCACGUUGCCCCGGAGUGAGCCCAUCCGGCCCAUUGACCCUGCAGCCUGGGUCUCUCACACGGCAGCCAUGACGGGCACCUUCCCCGCCUACGGCAUGAGCCCCUCCUUGAGCACCAUCACCUCCACCAGCUCCUCUAUCACCAGCUCCAUCCCUGACACGGAACGGCUAGAUGACUUCCACCUCUCCAUCCACAGCGACAUGGCAGCCAUCGUAAAAGCCAUGGCCUCCCCUGAGUCAGGGCUGGAGGUUCGAGACCGCAUGUGGCUCAAGAUUACCAUUCCCAAUGCUUUCAUCGGCUCGGAUGUGGUGGACUGGCUGUACCACAACGUGGAAGGAUUCACGGACCGGCGAGAGGCCCGCAAGUACGCCAGCAACCUGCUGAAAGCCGGUUUCAUCCGCCAUACCGUCAACAAGAUCACGUUCUCUGAGCAAUGCUACUACAUCUUUGGUGACCUCUGUGGCAACAUGGCCAACCUGUCGCUUCACGACCAUGAUGGCUCCAGCGGCGCCUCUGACCAGGACACACUGGCUCCUUUGCCUCACCCAGGGGCUGCCCCUUGGCCUAUGGCUUUCCCUUACCAGUACCCACCUCCUCCACAUCCCUACAAUCCACACCCAGGCUUCCCAGAACUGGGCUACAGCUACGGCGGGGGCAGCGCCAGCAGUCAGCACAGUGAAGGCAGUCGGAGCAGUGGCUCCAACCGAAGUGGCAGCGACCGGCGCAAGGAGAAGGACCCGAAAGCUGGGGACUCCAAGUCAGGUGGUAGCGGCAGCGAGUCAGACCACACUACACGCAGCAGUCUGCGGGGCCCACGGGAGCGGGCGCCCAGCGAGCGGUCAGGUCCGGCGGCCAGUGAGCACAGCCACCGCAGCCACCAUUCACUGACCAGCAGCCUGCGAAGCCACCACACGCACCCGAGCUAUGGCCCUCCCGGAGUACCCCCUCUCUACGGUCCCCCGAUGUUGAUGAUGACCCCGCCACCUGCAGCCAUGGGGCCCCCAGGAGCCCCUCCAGGCCGGGAUCUGGCCUCGGUGCCCCCGGAACUGACGGCCAGCAGACAGUCCUUCCGCAUGGCAAUGGGAAACCCCACCAAGAAUUUCGGGCUCUUUGACUUUCUGUGAACCCCCAGGAAAGGGAGGCCCAGCCUCCAAGGAGACCAGGAACUCUGCUUCAGCAGCCCCUUGG